AUGGAGUCAACGGAAUUGUUUAAGAAAAUGGCUGUUGUUGGUUGUAGGCCUUAUACGAUUACUUAUGGGACUUUGAUUGAUGGAUUGUGUAAAGCAAGGAAGAUAAAUGUUGCUAUUAAGUUACAUGAAGAAAUGGCAAAGGAGAAUAAAAAAUCCGAAGUUAUUUGUAGGCCAGAUGUUGUUACUUGUAGUAUUAUAAUUGAUGGUUUUUGUAAGGUUGGAUUGCUUGAGAAGAUAGAAUUGAAUAAAGAAGUCAACAUAGCUCUUUAUCUUUAUCGAAAGAUGAUUUAUGAAGUAAUUGGGCCUAAUGUGAUUAUGUAUAACACUUUGUUAACUGGCCUUUUUGUUAAAGGCAAUGUAAAAGAUACACGGAACUUAGUUGGUGAGAUGCAACUUAAUGGUGUUUUACCUGAUUCUUGGACAUACAGCAUUUUCAUUGAUAGACUUUGCAAGAAUGGAUGUGUUUUUGGAAGCGUGGAGGUGGCAGCAUUGCAGGCUACGUCGGCGUUUGCACAUGAAGUAGGUCUCAAGGGUUUGAGGUUUAUUUCUGGUGCAAAUUUCAGUAAGCAAAAGUUGUAUAUGAGAAAUUGUGGAAUGGUUCUUACUUCAACUAUGAAAAUAAUGGUAGCUGCUCAAGUUCAUCUAUUCAAGCUGAUCAGUUUACUAGAAGAUGUUAUUCUUUCUGAACUCCUGAAGCGUGGACCACCAUUGAAGCUGACGUUUGAUGAGAAUCUUGGGUCUGAUAAAUUCUUCAAGAAGCGGUUUUUUCCUGGUGUGACUAAUGAUUAUGAGUGUGCCGACUUUGGAGAUUUAUUUGUUGAUGAAGAGCAAGAUGAUGGUGGUAGAAGCAAAUACUAUCUUCCAUUCAUUUGA